AUGCAUCUCAGCAGGUUCGGGCUAUUGGCCCUUGGGGCUGCUGCCGUAAAUGCUUUCAGAGAUACUUCGCCAUUCUUCCUCGCCUCAACUUCUGAGGUCCUGACGAACUCCGCCUACAUCCAGACAGGAGCUUCGCUCCUCGAGAUCCUUUCAUCAUCUCUCAGUACCUGUCCCUCAGAUUAUUAUUUUGUCGUCUACCAGCCUGGUGUGCACAGUUCCGACUUCUCGACGCGAAAGUCGGCACCCCGCUUGGGUGCGAAGAUGCUUGGGAAAGACAGCUCAAUCCGGUCCAAGAUGAGAGUCAACGAGGUCGCUGGCUUGGUGGAACCCAAGGAGAUCAAAGGCCUUUUGGAGAAGAAGUGCAAUGCUCAGACUACCGCCGUUGACGCUUCCUCCGGAUCGUACCCGUCAUACUUCGAGCAGGGCCCCCGGAUUAUUGAUGUCGAAUUCCCCAUGCUAUCACUAGGUUCGGACCGCGCACAGCAGCUUUCUGGAUUCGAUGGUUUCCUUGCCGAUGUCAUUGAUCGACUUCCUUCCUCAUCCAAGUAUACUAUUCUCUAUAUCACCUCGCCGAGAGAGUUCCCCGAGACGGAUUCCGUAGUCUACGAAGCCUCUGGAGAUUCGUACCAAGACUCGCUCCACAUGGACCUAAAGCGGGAUUACUCCGCGCAUACCUCGAGCUCAUCAAACAAUUCCACCUCUCUCUUUGAAGAGUAUCAAUACUUUACUCCAGGUAUUUUCAUGGGACUCAUGGCUACCUUCCUGUUCUUCGCAAUCUUGUAUAUUGGCAUCGGUGCCCUAAGCAGCCUUGAGAUUCCCUAUGCCGCAUUUGAGAAGGACACCUCGGCUGCUGUGCAGAAGAAAGCGCAGUGA